GGUGCGAUGACUCACUACGACCACUUGAUGGCGCCACACUUCAUACAAAGUGAGUUACUUUUCUUCCCUGCACGCAGGUGAGGGUGAGUAGUUUUUGCCGCUGGCAUCAAUUCAAUUAUUGAACGAAGACAUGACGUCACGGUCUCCACGUGCCGCCGAGACUUCGAAGCUGCAGGUCCUUGAAAGAAUGCAAAAAGUGUUCUUCGACGAUGCCUGUCCAGAAGUAAAGAAUAAAGUGGAGCUGACUAAUGAGAAACAAAUGUCUUCCCUGGCGGAGGUAAUCAUCGGGGCCAUUAGGAAGGGGGUUCUGGUUCGACUGAGCUCUGCACUUUCGGACUCGGCCAGACGCGCCUGAGUCAGCAGGGCGCGUGCGCGUGCGGCCGCGCGCGUAAAUGGAAAGCUUUUACGCACCGCGCCGGCCGCGUGCACGCCGCCACGCGCACGGGGAUGGGCUGAUUGCUCACUCCGCGUUCGCACGUCUGGACUGGAGGACACCCCCGCUGAUGGAGAACUUCUGAGGGAGCCUCCUCAGAACCGAAGAACCCGCGCUCCCGCCCCAAAAAACACCACUUUUUUUUUUUGGAGCCACCAUGGCCAUCAACACCGACGCUUCCUUCGACGGCGGCGCGCUGGUCCAGAGGGACGCGUCCAACCCCAGCGACUUCCAGGACACGGAGAAGCUGCUGAGCGCCGGUGCGGUGGAGCCGGGCGGCCAAAGCAACGUCAAGACGUCCGACUCGCUCGACCUGCGCGGCAGUGUGCGCUCCCUGGACGCGGAGCAGAACGGCCACCGGUCGCCGCUCAAGUCCGGCUCGGUGGGCCAGCUGGCGGCCGCGCCCAGGUCGCUGUCCCGCCUCAGCCUGGCCUCGCCGCUGCCGCCCGGCUCGGUGCCGCCCAGCUACCUGUGGCUGGCCGUGCUGUCGUGCCUCUGCCCCGGCGUGCCGCUCAACGUGUACGCGCUGUGGUACGCCAGCGUGUCGAGAUCGAUGCUUAAAGACGGCGACCUGCAGGCGGCCCGGAAGUACGGACGCGUGUCGCUGCUGCUCAGCUGCUUGGCCAUGCUGCUGGGCGUGGCCGUCAUCGUCUUUAUCGUCUUCACUAUAGAGCUCCAGCAGUGACACCUGUGGACUACUUUGCACAAGUCGAGGAGGAAGACACGGAAAAGCACAAAGUGGGGGAAAAAAAACAAGUCGGUGAGGUUCUGUCUGGACCCGAAACAGAGGGGGCGGCGGCUGCACUCACUCAUGUCCAUUAUGCACACACACACACACACACGCACACACACACACACACACACACACACACACACACACACACACACACACACACACACACACACACACGUGAGGACAGCUUGGUUCUGACAGGUGUGACUUCUUUUGAGGACUUCCUGCAAGUUUUUUUCUUUCCCUCCAAAAGACAAAAAAAAAAAAAAAAAAAACGCAACGUGAAAUUGUGUUAUUUUCUUUAUUUAUACUUUUUUUUUUUGGACCGCCAAAAAAAGACUGGCCGGGUUCUGGUGCGGACUGCACGGAACCGUACCCCCCCGGCGUCCGACACUGUACCGCGAGACAAUGAUGCCCUUUGACCUUUCUAUGUUUGUACUGUAUGACUGGUUCACCGUGCCAUACGUCUGUUCGCAUGAGAAAUAAAGUUGAAUGAGCAUGAUGAGCCUCAUCUCCACGA